UGGCGGGUCAUUACGAAGUAAAUAUGCUGUCAGUCGACUGACAUGUCGUGCUGUGUGUGACGAUCUGAGUUAAUUAUCCACCUCAAAUGAUACAUCGAUGGUAGAAGGGGAACUUUGAAGCAUUUACCACUGCAGGUCCGUCUUUCCAUGGAGAUACCAGCUGGUGACUAAAGAAAGAUGAGUGGGAGACAGUUUCUUGAGACACUUAAGCAACUGGACUACCCAAAUGCAGACAGCCUGGACCCACAGAUGUUCAACUGGAUGUUUGAAAAUGAGACAGUGUCUGGUUUUCUAAAGUGGUUCUGUACAAGUGUCAGCAGUAGUAAUGUUCUGCUUCCUGCAGAGAUCCAGCAAUUUGCAGAGCUUGAGAGGUCUAAUGAAGGUGUUCUUGAAGGAAAUGUAUUGGAAGAUGCUUUGAAAACCUUCUCCACUCCUACACAGGAGGAGACAGUGGAAUCCUUGAGGAAGAAAGUAGCCAUAUUAAGUGAUAACUUGGAUGAAGACAAGCAGAAGAAGCAGCAGUUGAUUCACAGAAGAGACAGACUGAAUGCUCAUCUGACAGGGCUGGGUCAUCGGCUGUCUCAGUUGACUGUGCUGGAGUCUCAAGCCAAGAGGGACUGCCAGAAGGCAGUGGAACAACUCGACACAGACAAUAAUGAGGUGAACGAGAGCCUGGAUGGCCUUGUGCGGAGCGUGAUGAAGAUACACUCGCUGUACGACCCACCCAUGGAGUCUAGACAGGAGACCUCACACCCUCCAACCUUCCUCUCCCAUGUCAAACUGGAUGACUACCAUGACAUGGAGGACAAGUUCAGCCAUGAGCUGAAAUUGUUCACCAAGAAAAGAUUCUUUGAUGGUGUUGCGGAGAUGGCUGGUCAGAAUGAGGGGACGAAGUAUGAGCUGCUGGAGGUGUCCAACCCAGAGUGUCUGAUGGUGCGGGGAGAGAAGCAAGAUGUCAUCGUGCAGGACUCCCUGGAGCUGGCCAGACUAAAGGCUGUGUAUCCCAUCAGUCAGAGUCAGCUGAUUGAGGCUUCAACCAGCGAGAAACAAAUGACAGCAACAGUCAGUCACACACAAAAGAUCAUUCAACACUUACAGAAAGGGGAGUUUCCCUUGGAUCUGAAUAAACUUCGGGACUCUCUUCAGGAAAGCCAUACGUCUCUGAAUGCAGUGAGAAGAGACCUCACAAUGUUGCAGCAAACAGACGUCCCUGCCCUGAUCAGCAGGUUGGCUGACCUUCAGGGCACCAACAUCAUUACUGGCGACUACAAGCUGAAACUGGCCAGACAGGGCUACUUCACCUCCAACCAGGACCAGUUGAUUGGUCAGUUGGUGGUGCAGCGAGCCCGCAAUGAGUUCCUGACGAUGGCCUAUGAAAUAGAGGCCAGGAAUCACCGUGAUAUUCAUCGCCUGCUGACAGCUGUGAGAAAGACACUCCAGCAGAACCUGACAGAGUGGAGAGACAGACAGAAAGCCAUGGAGGAUCCCUGUAUUUCCCCUGCCAGCCUCCAGCGUGGCACCAUAGACUCCCGAGACAAGGCCACUGCCCGACUACACCAGAUGCUGGCAGGGGGUGAAUCUGGAGAACAACAGCUGUUCCUCACCUAUGCAGGGAUGGUGGAUGGUGCCCAGCGGCUGCAACAGAAGCAUGCAGUGGCAGAUUCAGCACUCUUGGCAAACAUGGAGAAACAUGAACACAAGACGCGCCAGCUGGAGAUGUGUGUCUGUGGACCUAUGUGUCUGUGUGUGUACCAUGGAUCCAGCACAACUAGUGGAGAGCCGACACUGACCCCACCACUACUGCAGGAGACCCUGACUAAUCUGGACACAAUGCUGGUCAAGCUGGAGGCUUCCAUUAUUGAUGUCAUCAAGGAUCAUGAUGCCAAGAAGAAGCUACUGCAAAGCAAUCGACUCCAAGCAAAGGAGAGGGACCUAUUCACAUACUUCUUCAGCAGACCAGGCCAACUGAGAGAGACAUUAGAGAGCAUCACAGAGCGCCUGCAGGCACAGACAGUUCACUGACACUCACACCAGCAGUCCCCUUAGCAACAGAGACGGUUCACUGACAUCAGCAGCCCCACAGCAAUGCAGAACUUUCACUCAUACCAGCAGCCCCUGGCCAACACCGACAGUUUAAUGAUACCAGCAGCCCCCUGGCCAACACCGACAGUUCACUGACACUGACACCAGCAGCCCCUGGCCAACACCGACAGUUCACUGACACCAGCAGUCCCCUGGCCAACACAGACAGUUCACUGACACUGACACCAGCAGCCCCUGGCCAACACCGACAGCUCACUGACACUGACACCAGCAGUCCCCUGGCCAACACCGACAGCUCACUGACACCAGCAGUCCCCUGGCCAACACCGACAGUUCACUGACACUCAUACCAGCAGCCCCUGGCCAACACUGACAGUUCACUGACACCAGCAGUCCCCUGGCCAACACCGACAGUUCACUGACACCAGCAGUCCCUGGCCAACACCGACAGUUCACUGACACCAGCAGUCCCCUGGCCAACACCGACAGUUCACUGACACCAGCAGCCCCCUGGCCAACACAGACAGUUCACUGGCACCAGCAGCCCCCUGGCCAACACCGACAGUUCACUGACACUCAUACCAGCAGCCCCUGGCCAACACUGACAGUUCACUGACACCAGCAGUCCCCUGGCCAACACCGACAGUUCACUGACACCAGCAGUCCCUGGCCAACACCGACAGUUCACUGACACCAGCAGUCCCCUGGCCAACACCGACAGUUCACUGACACCAGCAGCCCCCUGGCCAACACAGACAGUUCACUGGCACCAGCAGCCCCCUGGCCAACACAGAUAGUUCACUGACACCAGCAGCCCCUGGCCAACACCGACAGUUCACUGACACCAGCAGUCCCUGGCCAACACCGACAGUUCACUGACACCAGCAGCCCCUGGCCAACACAGACAGUUCACCGACACUCAUACCAGCAGCCCCCUGGCCAACACUGACAGUUCACUGACACCAGCAGUCCCCUGGCCAACACCGACAGUUCACUGACACCAGCAGUCCCUGGCCAACACCGACAGUUCACUGACACCAGCAGUCCCCUGGCCAACACCGACAGUUCACUGACACCAGCAGCCCCCUGGCCAACACAGACAGUUCACUGGCACCAGCAGCCCCCUGGCCAACACAGAUAGUUCACUGACACCAGCAGCCCCUGGCCAACACCGACAGUUCACUGACACCAGCAGUCCCUGGCCAACACCGACAGUUCACUGACACCAGCAGCCCCUGGCCAACACAGACAGUUCACCGACACUCAUACCAGCAGCCCCCUGGCCAACACUGACAGUUCACUGACACCAGCAGCCCCUGGCCAACACCGACAGUUCACUGACACCAGCAGCCCCUGGCCAACACAGACAGUUCACUGACACUGACACCAGCAGUCCCUGGCCAACACCGACAGUUCACUGACACCAGCAGUCCCUGGCCAACACCGACAGUUCACUGACACCAGCAGUCCCCUGGC